UUACAGAUGAAGUGCAGUGAACCCUCGGUAGGUGUUGAACACAUAGCGAGAGCAGCGGGGCCACAGCACGUGGGUGUUCCAGAUGGCAGCAGGCCGACUGAUGCGAUUGAAGGCGUUGCUCGCGUCCACCAGCAGGAGCCCCUCGGUCUCGUCCUCUUGGAAGAGGUCAUUCACCGCGUGCACAGCCCCCUCGAGGCCCCCCUUCACACCGAUGCACAGCUGAUCAGUGCCGCAGGUCGUCUCCAGGUCAGAGCGGGUCAUCAUGGCAUGCACUUGCCAGCCAGCCGAGAGAGCACCUCUCGGACGCCGAUAGGGCGGACGCCCGGGCAUUUGUCGAGAGCGAUGAGGCGGCACGCUUGCAGGGCCUUGAUGUUGUCCCAUGGGACGAUGGUGUUGGCCAGGGUAGAGACGAGCGAGGCCACAGCCGCGCGGAGGCGGCCGCUUUUGGCACCGUAUCGGAAGAGGAAGGUCUGCCAGAAGUUCGCAUCGCCACCGGUCGGUCCAGCGCUCCCACUGAGGCUCCGUGCCGCUCGCUUCACGGUCGAGUCCGUGAUGUCCACGUCAAUGAGGGGAGGGAGGUCGUCACAGGGAAGGAAGGCUUCCUCGUGCGGCUGCUGCUGCGGUGGGUGCUUCUCGCGAAGGACAUCGAACACCGUGACCCCCGGGGAGCGCUCCUCGGCCUGAGCAGAUGGGUGGAGGACCCCCCCGCCGCCCCUCUCGGUGACGAAGCGGACGGCCGCCCGGACCUUGCCCUCGAGCAUGAGCUUGUUGAAGAUGCGAUAGACCGACGCGUCGUCCAGCUGAGGCUGAGUGGUGGGGAACUGCUGGUCCAGUCGCUCCGCCUCGCACACGAGCUCCUCCACCUGCCCCUUCUGCCACAUCUCCAGCCGCCUCCAGAGCAUCCGCUUGACAUCGCGCUUCCUCUUGACAUCCGGAUCUCGCUGGAUGAGUGUGCGGACGAAGACGCCAGCCCGCUCGGACGGUGCCUCGAGCUUGGAGAUCUUCUCCACCUCAUCAGCGAUGGCAUCGGCGAUGGCGCGGCCAAGGUUGCCAAGCUUGCUGAGAUCCUUCACGCACCGCAGUCGAAGCUGGCAGACCCGCUCGUGAUAUGCCUCCCACUCAGGGAAAGUCGGUCCACCGGCGGAGUUGACGAGGGGCUCGCCGAAGGCCUCACGCAUCUUCUCAUCGACAAAGGAAGCCGUGGAGGGCACGGCAGGGCCAGCAGAGGGGGAGACGGCAUCCGAUUCAUCAUCAUCAUCAUCGCAAACGGCCGGGUCCGCCGGAUACGCAAAAUUCGUGCAUGUGCCGCGCUUGCAGUUGACACAGUUAGUGCAGAGGCGCUUGUGAUUCCGGCAGUCACAUCGUCGG